CCACGCGCGCCUCCAUCUUUAAACCCCAGAGAAAAACAGCUUCCGCUCAGCCGUACAUACACAAGAUCCUGCGAUCACAUCCACAUUUAUGACAUAUUAACCCUAGCUUUGCACUUUAAAUCGACAUAUCACACUAGCAGAGACCUGAGGAACUCAUGGGAGGCGCGUUCGCUGCAUUAAGACCUUUAUUUCUGCAUUGACAUACAUAAAAACAGAGGCGGAAAAGCGGCGACGAGCGCCGAUCGCAACUGCGCAUCUCUUCUUCUUUUGUCUAUCUCUCUCUCUGUUUUCUCUUCUCUCCCUCCCGAUGCCCGGAGAUGAGUAGUGGAAGAUGUCGGUAUCGGGACUGAAGGCCGAGCUGAAGUUUCUGGAGUCCAUUUUCGACCCGAACCACGAGCGCUUCAGAAUCAUCGACUGGAAGCCGGAUGAGCUGAGCUGCCAGUUUAACGUGACCGGAGAGAAGCUGCUCAUUAUUCACUGCAACAUCACGGAGUCCUACCCGUCGACGCCACCGAUAUGGUUUGUGGACUCCGAUGACCCAAGUCUGACUCAAGUGCUGGAGCGGCUGGAGGACGUCAGGAAGAGCAGCACACUGCUCUUGCAGCAGCUGAAGAGGCUGAUCUGUGAUCUGUGUCGUCUCUAUAAUCUUCCCCAGCACCCGGAUGUGGAGAUGCUGGACCAACCUCUUCCAGCAGGACCCGUUAAUCAGGACAGAAAGCUUGGGACCACAGAUGAGGUCACAUCAGAGGAGGAAGAGGAAGAAGAGAUGGGAGAGCAGGACAUUGAUCUGGAACACUAUGAGAUGAAAGAGGAGGAGCCAGUGGAUGGGAAGAAGUCUGAGGAUGAUGGGAUUGAGAAGGAGAACUUGGCCAUCCUGGAGAAGAUCCGCAAGAACCAGAGGCAGGACCACUUGAAUGUAAGUGCUCAUUCGGGUGCCGUGUCUGGAUCUGUUCAAGCAUCAGAUCGCCUCAUGAAGGAGCUCAGAGAGAUCUACCGAUCCCAGAGUUACAAAAACGGCAUCUACUCUGUUGAGCUUGUCAACGACAGCUUGUACGAGUGGCACGUGAAACUAAGAACUGUGGAUCCAGACAGUCCUUUGCACAGUGACCUUCAAGUGCUGAAAGAAAAGGAAGGAAUGGACUACAUCCUCCUCAAUUUCUCAUACAAAGAUAAUUUUCCCUUUGAUCCUCCAUUUGUACGUGUUGUUUCUCCUGUCCUGUCUGGAGGGUAUGUACUUGGCGGAGGAGCUCUGUGUAUGGAGCUACUCACUAAACAGGGCUGGAGCAGUGCCUAUUCCAUAGAGUCUGUCAUCAUGCAGAUAAAUGCCACUUUAGUCAAAGGAAAAGCAAGAGUGCAGUUUGGAGCCAAUAAGAAUCAGUACAAUCUUGCCAGAGCGCAACAGUCAUAUAAAUCACUGGUGCAAAUCCAUGAAAAGAAUGGCUGGUACACACCACCAAAAGAAGAUGGCUAGAGCCACAGCAUCCAAACAUGGACAGAGUAUCUUAAGAUGGACAUCUUUCUGUUGUUGCUUUUCUCCACUCAUCCCUUGUUUUAAUCGGAGCCACUCUUUCUGACACUUUUCUUUCCCUCCGGGUUAAAGAGGCUUGAUUUGAGUCACGUUUGACCUACCUAAAAAUCUCUUCAUCAUCUCAGACAAUGCCAUUAUUCCAGCAGAGCGAUGCGAUGCGGUCCUGACGCCAAUAUCUCCGAUAGAGCCCGCGCACAACCUGAUUAUGAUUGCUGUUCUGCAAUAUUCCUCCACUUUUUCCCGAUCGCAUACUGGGAAAAGAAAAAAAAAAAAAAAAAAAAAAAAGGUCGUCAGACAUUGUGUUCAAAAUUAACUCUGUGAUCAAGUAAGGAUGCGUUUGGAUGAAUGAACCUUUAAAAGAACGGCAGGAGCUUCCUUCCAUCUGUCUUGCAUCUCAUUACAUGACUCGAGUCCUCACAUGUUCUGUCUGCAUUAACUACUGCUGAUGUGAGAACAGGUUUGAUGUGUUCAUGCCACUGCAGUGUACAAGUCAUUAAAACAGCCCUGUAAAUGGCUUCUCCGUCUCAAUGUGGCCAACAGAACUUUCUGGGUUUGUAAAAUUGUAUUUAGCACGUUUAAAGCCCCUUCAAUCUCUUGGAGAAGUUGGGAGUGACCAAUAAUGCCUUAAAAAGGAGGAAAAAGAAGCAAAUGUGCAGAAGUUAGUGUGUCUCUCUGUCCUGCUGUUCCACACACCUUCAUCUCCAGUAUUUCUGUUCAAAACUGACGUCAUUAGAGCAGCGAUCUGACUGUUGACACAGGAAAACAGCCUGACGUUAGUGUUAAUAUUCAAAAGCAGUUUGAUAGUUCACGCUGGUGUUUGACUCUGCAUAUUUUUCUCAGAUUCUGACACCGUUAAAUCAGUUUUACUCAAAAUUCCUGAAAGCACUGGGAUUGUUCGGCUGUUUUCUUGAAAUUCGUACAGGCCAAUGUUAGCCGCUUUACUGUUUCGUUUAGGUAAAUUACAAGAAUAAAUAAUGCCACUCUGACAUCAAGCCAUAGUUUGAAUCCAUAGAUGUUCUUCUGGUUCUGAUUGUUUUGAAUGGGGAAGUGUUUGGUAACUGCAGCUGAUUCCAGAUCUGUUUCUCUUCUCUUGCAUCGUUCAUUCAGACAGUGGAGUGUGUUUGAUGGAAAGGGGUGGGAGGCUUCAUUGAGUUAUGCACUGUUAGCAUGCUUUGGUUUUAUUGCAUUAAUUUUUUUUUUUCCAUUGUAAGUGUAAUUUUGACCAUGUACAGUACAAUUUGUAAACUUGCAUCAAGUUUAUGAAUAAAGAAUUUUAAGAAAUA